GGGCCACCCUUCCGCCGCCACAAUCGAUCCGACUCCAUCAAUGAGCCAUACGACGACGCUUCCUACUCGUCCACCUCUGACUCCUCCGAACUAGUCUCUCCCAUGACGGCGAAUGGCACCGACACCGACACCGCCCUGACCGCGACCAGCACCGCUACCACCACCAUCGGCAGCAUGGCAUCCUCUGCCAACCGCAGUAAGGCCAACGGCCGCUUCGAGCACGAUGCCGCGCCCGUCAACAGGAACGCCGGCCGCUACGAUGCGAAUGCCGCCAUGCCCCCUCCCUCCACAGCACCACCGUCCCUCCCGCCUAUACCGAAUGGCCGCCUGUCCAGCAGCUUCACCACCACCAUCCUGCCCGACCGCACCGCCGCGACGCGUCACCAUCACCACACCCCCCCCAGUGCUACCGUGAAUGGUAACAUGAGCGGCAUCGACGCUGCCGCCACCUCAGACAAGACGCUACCCCAGCUCCCCCACCAUGAUGCCCAGUCAAUUGACCAGCAGCCCGAUCGUGCCUUUGGCCGCAGCGGCGAGCAUCCCCAUCCCAGCAAGCCCUCUCGAGCGGCACCCGUACCCUCCCACACGCCACCCCCCCCCCCUCCUCCCCCCCCUCCUCCCCUUCCGCAGUCACAGUCGCAGUCCCAUCUGCCGCCGGCCGAUGCCCUCUCCUCGGCAGACACCACGCCCACCAAGCAUCGCCUCUCUUCCCCCCCGGCAUACCAGACCAACGGCACCUCGUCCACCUCUCUCCACCUCUUCCCGCCCCCACCCGGCUCGACCCUCAAGCAGAGACACACCCUCGAGGUGCCCAAGCUGUCGUCAGCCGCCCGCCACUCGCGCGACGGAGCCGACAGCGUUGGCGGACGCUACUCUCCCAGCCCGCAGACCGUGUCGUCGGCCACCGCCUCGGCCACCGCCACAGGCGCAGCCACAGCCGUCGGGGGGGGAGCGGCGGCAGGCAACAGGAGGCCCUCGCUCAGCCUAGCCCGUAGGACGACCAGGUCCAUGCAGUCGGACAACAGGGACGAGGUCGCCCCCGACGAGGACGCCGCUCGCUGGGCGGAGGCGUACCGUCAGAAGAGGGCCAGCAAGCGGAAGCGCAGGGAGGAGGAAGGGGACGAGGAUCGCGUCGUCGUAGGCACCAAGGUCGACGAGUCCCACGCCAACUGGGUGACGGCCUAUAACAUGCUGACGGGCAUCCGCGUCUCGGUGUCGAGGACCAACGCCAAGCUCGAUCGGGAGCUGACGGAUGCCGACUUCCAGGCCAAGCAGAAGUCGACGUUUGACAUUGCCGGCAACGAGCUGGUCCCCUCGGCCAAGUACGACUUCAAGUUCAAGGACUACGCGCCCUGGGUGUUCCGGCACCUGCGAUCGCUGUUCCGCCUCGACCCGGCCGACUACCUCAUGUCGCUGACGGGCAAGUACAUACUGUCGGAGCUCGGGUCGCCGGGCAAGAGCGGCAGCUUCUUCUACUUCUCGCGCGACUACAAGUACAUCAUCAAGACGAUCCACCACGCCGAGCACAAGUUCCUGCGCAAGAUCCUCAAGGAGUACUACGUGCACGUCAAGGACAACCCCAACACGCUCCUGUCGCAGUUCUACGGGCUGCACCGGGUCAAGCUGCCGUACGGCAAGAAGAUACACUUCGUCGUGAUGAACAACCUGUUCCCGCCGCACCGCGACAUCCACACCACCUUUGACCUGAAGGGCUCCACCGUCGGCCGCGACUACCGGGAGGAGGACCUGGAGAACAACCCGCGCGCGACGCUCAAGGAUCUCAACUGGCUCCGCCGCAAGCGCAACCUCGAGCUCGGCCUGUACAAGAAGCACCUCUUCCUCUCGCAGCUGCAGCGCGACGUCGGCCUGCUCAAGCGCCUCCAGAUCAUGGACUACUCCCUCCUCGUAGGCAUCCACGACGUCUCCCGCGGCAACGAGGAGAACCUGCGCGACAAGACGCUCCAGGUCUUCAACCCCGGAGGCGACAAGUCCAACACGGACGACGAGGGCGCCGGCCCGUCCGUCCUGCUGCGGACCCCGUCCAAGCUGGAGAAUGCCCGCAAGGCCCGGGAGCUGCGCCAGAUGAUCCGGUCCGAGAAGCCGGUGCCCAUCGGCGAGGCGCUCGACAAGAUGCCCAACGAGCUGGCGGAGGGUCAGGGCCGUCCUGGCUUCGUCUUCAACCAGGAUGAUGGGGGGUUCAGGGCUACACAUGAGGACAAUGGCCCUGCUGACGAGAUUUACUAUCUCGGUGUCAUUGACUGUCUGACACAUUAUGGAAUGAUCAAAAAAAUCGAACACUUCUGGAAAGGCCUGACGAGCGACAGGAGUCAGAUCUCGGCCCUCCCACCCGACCAAUACGGUGACCGAUUCUACCAAUUUAUCGAGGGUGUCACCAUGUCAUCCGAGGAGGCCCAUCGCGAGGCCCAGCGACUGGAUGAGGAGAUGGCGGCCGAGGCCGAACGCGAGCUCGAGGAACAGCGUGAGCAGCGGGAGCAGCGGCAGAGGUCGAGCCGAGACGGCCCCCCGCCACCCGUGCCGGACCACCUGCCCCCGGCGCCGCCGGGCACCCACGACAGCACGAUGGCCAGGGCGUCCAGGGCGGCGGUCCGCAGCGAGGAGAACGGGGCAUCGGAGAAGCACGUUCCCGAACGGACGCUCCGCACCAUCGCUCCGCCCCACUCCUCGUCAUCGGGCGAGAAGCGGGACUCGGCCAUGCUCGAGCCGGUCCUGCCGGUGGUCGAGGAGGCGGGUGAGAACGGCAACGGCAACGGCGGCGACGCAUCCCGUCUCACGCCCAGGAACUCGCGCGACAAGAAUCUGUACGGCCCGACCACGCCCAGCCGGAUGCAGGCUCCCACCCGAGCCCCACCGCCGACACCGCCCAAGACCGCGACGGGAACGGGGGCCGACUCGGAGAAGGAGAAGGCCGAGAGCGUCGAUAGCGGGUACCAUGCUUCGGGACAGCCUCGUCUGAGCAGGGAGAGUGUGCGGAAUAAGACUCUGCCUCCUCUGCCGCCGGGGGAUCCUAGACGUCACAACCAGCAGCAGCAGCAGCAGCAUGAGGAGCAGCAGCAGCGUGAGCACGGUCGAUUCGGCAUGACGGCUUAG